CAGCUUUAUUGCCUAGCACCUUUAAAAGGGAACCAAAAUCCACAUACAACUACGAUGACUUCACAUCAGAAUUGCGAGAACGGCUAACAGCCGCAAACCAA